GGCAGGAACUGUAUGUGUAUGCGUGCGCGUAAUUGUGUAAACAGGCGGGGUGCUGCGCUUGUGUAGGGCGUCGCCUCCCGUCUGAGCGGGGCACAAGGACGAUACUGGUGGAGCCUGCCUGCUCGAGAAGUCGGGCGGAGGGGGAGUGAGUCCGAGGAAGGAGGUCAGCAGAACAGCAGCGCUGUAAGGUUGAGCGAUGGCGGGGUCUAUGGCUGCCGACCUGGUGCCUCGGCCGGAGAAACUCCCCGAGGUGACACGCAUGCACAGCAUGACGGAUCGGGUGAAGGGCUCCCUCUCCGAGUAUCGCAACCAGAUCAUCCUGCUCUUGUCCCGCUACGUGGCGAACGGGAAGCACAUGCUUCAGCCGCACGAGCUGAAGAACGAGCUGGAGCGCGUUGCUGAGCUGGAGUGCUUCGCCGGCACGAAGAUCAAGGAGAGCGCUUUCGGCAAUCUGUUGCGUGCCACUCAGGAGGCUGUGGUCAUCCCUCCUUACAUCGCGCUGGCGGUGCGUCCGCGCGUGGCCGAGUGGCAGUACAUUCGUGUGAAUGUAUUCGAGCUGACGGUGGAGCAGCUGAGCCCGUCCGAGUACUUGGAGUUCAAGGAGCGUCUGAAGGCUGCUGAUGAUGCCGCCGCACCGGUUUGCAGCGACUUCGCUACUCUGGAGAUCGACAUGGAGCCAUUCAACGCCAACUUCCCGAGGCUGACUCGGCCUUCGUCCAUCGGCGAGGGUGUGUCUUACCUGAACAAGCAUCUGUCCUCUCGGAUGUUCAAGGAGCCCGGAGGUCUCCAGCCUCUGCUGGACUUUCUGCGGACUCACAAGUGCGUUGGCGAGACGCUGAUGCUGAACGAGCGCAUCGACACGCUCGAGAAGCUGCGCAGCAACCUCGGCAAGGCGGAGGAGUAUCUAGGCGCUCUUCCUGCCGACACCCCCGUUGGCCAGGUGGCUGCGCGCCUGCAAGAGCUGGGCUUCGAGCGAGGCUGGGGCGACACCGCCGGGCGCAUCAAGGAGAUGCUGGACAUGCUGUCUGACCUGAUGCAGGCGCCGGACGCGGAUCUGCUCGAGAAGUUCCUGGGCCGCAUCCCGCUCAUCUUCAAUGUGGCCAUCAUGUCCCCUCACGGCUAUUUCGGGCAGGCGAAUGUGCUUGGUCUUCCCGAUACCGGCGGGCAGGUGGUGUACAUCCUGGACCAGGUGAAGGCGUUCGAGCGGGACCUGCUGGCCCACAGCAAGCAGCAGGGACUGAACUACAAGCCCCAGAUCAUCGUGCUGACGAGGCUGAUUCCGGACGCCCAGGGAACGUCUUGCAACCAGAGGAUCGAGCACAUCGACGGCACGCAGUACUCGAAGAUCCUUCGUGUGCCCUUCAAGAACCCCAAGGACGGAAGCGUGCUGCGCAAGUGGGUUUCUCGCUUCGACGUCUGGCCCUACAUGGAGCAGUUCACGGAAGACUCCGUGCACGAGCUGCGCGCUGAGUUCGGCGGCAAUCCGGACCUCAUCAUCGGCAACUACAGCGAUGGCAAUUUGGUGGCUGUCCUGCUCGCACACAGGCUGAAGGUUGCRCAUUGCACCAUCGCCCACGCGCUGGAGAAGACCAAGUACCCCAACUCCGACCUCAGCUGGAAGGAGCUGGACGAGAAGUAUCACUUCUCCUGCCAAUUCACCGCGGAUCUGAUCGCCAUGAACCACGCCGACUUCAUCAUCACCAGCACGUUCCAGGAGAUCGCGGGGCGGGCSGACACCGUGGGGCAGUACGAGUCGCACCAGGCGUACACCAUGCCGGGGCUGUACCGCGUUGUGAACGGCAUCGACGUGUUCGACCCCAAGUUCAACAUCGUCUCGCCCGGCGCUGACGCCGACACGUACUAUCCUUACUUCAUCAAGGAGAAGAGGCUGACGGCGUUCCACCCAGAGAUCGAGGAGCUGCUGUACGGGCAGACGGAGGACGACAAGCUGUGCCGCGGGGUGCUCAAGGACAAGAGCAAGCCCAUCAUCUUUACUAUGGCGCGUCUGGACAAGGUGAAGAACCUGACGGGGCUGGCGGAGAUGUUCGGCAAGAGCCCGCGCCUGCGCAAAYUGGUCAACCUGGUCAUCGUGGGAGGCUACAUYGACCCGUCUCUGUCCAUGGACAGAGAGGAGGUGCACCAGAUCAACGCAAUGCACGCCGUCAUCGACAASUACGGGYUGGACAAGGGMGACAUGCGGUGGAUCGUGGCACAGAAGCACCGGAUGCGCAACGGAGAGUUGUACAGGUACAUCGCAGACACCAGGGGCGCUUUCAUCCAGCCGGCGUUCUACGAGGCAUUCGGUCUCACAGUGGUCGAGGCAAUGACCUCGGGGCUGCCGACGUUUGCCACUUGCCACGGAGGUCCCGCGGAGGUCAUCAAGCACGGCGUUUCGGGAUACCACAUCGACAUGUACCGACCCGACGAGAUGGCGGACCUGAUCGCAGACUUCUUCGAGAGGUGCAAGACGGAUCCGACCGAGUGGGAUCAGCUGUCCAAGGCGGGACUGGAGAGGAUCUAUAGCAAGUUCACGUGGGAGAUUUACGCGGGGAGGCUCAUGACACUUUCUCGCGUGUACACCUUCUGGAAGUACGUGUCCAACCUCGAGCGGCGGGAGUCAAGAAGGUACAUCGAGAUGUUCUACAAUCUCAAGUACAGGGAGUGCGUCAAGACGGUGCCACUCGCUCUCGAGUAAUGCGACUCGCUAAUCAGUUUCUUGGAGGAGAUGUCUUCGCACACCGACAGACAGAGAGAGAGAGAGAGAGAGAGAGAGAGAGAGAGAGAGAGAGAGAGAGAGAGAGAGAGAGAGAGAGAGAGAGAGAGAGAGAGAGACCUAAAUAAUCAGGUGCUGCAGUCUAAUUUUGUAACGGUAAAUGCUCUGGUGGAUGGAAGGGUUGUCGCUACCAUUUGUGCGCUGUGUCGAAAAACAGGUGUGCGGAGCGAGGAGCAGCACGGCACGCUGCCUGCCUUCAAUCUAUUGUUGAGGAGCUCCGCCCUGUGGCAUUAGCCAUCAUUAGCCAUCUGCACGACUGCUAGGACUCAAAUAUCCUUUCCGAUGAUUGCAUUUUCUGUUUCUCUUACAAACGACUCCGUACGAGU